UGCUUUUGUUUUGGUCAGUUCAUCAGUCUAUAUGAAUAAAGAAAACCCCAAAAAGAAUUAAGCUACACUCACAUUUCUACACAGCUCUUGCCAUUGUUUCACUUUGAAGGAGCACUCUACUCCUUCUUCUUCUUUCAAGAAUCGCCAUUGAAGAUGCCUAGACCGGGUCCAAGGCCUUAUGUUUGUGAGAGAAGAGCUUGGCACAGUGAUAGACACCAACCCAUGCGAGGCUCCCUCAUUCAAGAAAUUUUCAGAGUUGUAAAUGAGAUUCAUAGCUCUGCAAUUAAGAAAAACCGGGAAUGGCAAGAGAAGCUCCCUGCUGUUGUUUUAAAAGCUGAAGAAAUAAUGUAUUCCAAAGCCAAUUCUGAGGCUGAGUAUAUGGACCUCAAGACUCUGGGGGAUCGAACAAAUGAUGCCAUUAACACAAUCAUUAGACGUGAUGAGAGUACUGAAACUGGAGAGCUUCUUCUACCUUGUAUUGAAGCUGCUCUGAAUUUGGGCUGCAAGCCGAGAAGAAUUUUGAGGAGCCAACGGAAUUGUAACCUGCGGUGUUACCUUAAUCCGGUACCUCAAGAAGCUGGCAACAUUGCUCGAGGAAAUGUCACAGAGAACUUGCAUUGCAUGUCUACUUAUUCCGGCUUCAUGAAACCAACAACAACGAUGAAUGCAACUCAUUUGGGGUUUGCAUCUGAGAAUGGUUAUCUUCCUAGUAACAAUCCGUGCUUACCUAAAGAGAAGUAUCCUCCUAAUUUGUAUUUGUCCUCCCUUCUAUUCUACGGAAACCACCGUAGAUUCGAAGAGCCACAUCAUGGUUUCGGGGUCUUCCCAAAGUUAAUUUCCAAUACGGUGGAGCAUGCUAAGACGGGUUACAUCCAUAACUUUGUGGAUUCUUCGAAUAAGAUGAACCAAACAGAUGCACUAAAUGCUUCUAUGAACCCACAUGAAUUUGCCUGUGAUCUAUCAUUGCGGUUGGGCUCCCUUUCAACACCUUGCUCAAGUGUUAGAAAUGGUCAGCUUCGGGAAACAGGAAAAAGCAACUCCACCUUGCUCAAUGGAGAUGAUCGCUUGAACUCAACCUCAAACGAAGGGAGCUUUGAAGGUGAUUCCAUGAACGUAGAUGCAACAAUGAGAAAGCGAAAGGCGAUAUAUGGUCUGGCAACUGAUCAGCAAUUUCGUUUGCCUUCAAAGCUUCCCUACGGUCAUUUAACCGGAAAAAUGAAAACCGCAGAAUCCUAGACUGCCCCGUAAAUCCCCUUAACAUUGGCUUUGGUGAGUAUAUGUGCUGCUGA